GAGGGCAGUUGUGUAACAUCCAGGUGUUGCGAAGCGUGAUAGCCUGCCAGGUGCCUCGCCCCAACUCCCCAAGUCCUAUACGACUCCACCACACUCACUCUUUGCAAUAGUGUCAUUUUGUUGGUGGUCGUAAAAUGGUCUCAGCCAAGGGCAAGGAGAAGGUCGCCGCCGGCGACAAGGGCUCGGCGGGAAAGCGGAAGACUGAUCUCGGCAGGGGAAAAGAUGAUGACAAGACCGGCAAAAGGCAUAAGCGCGAUGUGCUGCAGUUCUUCGAGGACAGUGCGCACGAGGUCGGAGAGGACGACGACGACUUCAGUGACGAUUCUGAUUUCAACGUCGAUGAUUUUAUCCAAGAAGAUUUAGGUGCUGAUGAGGGAGUCCAGAAUGAACAUGUUAAGCGCCCUGUUUUCCCUCUAGUACCUAAAGAAGAGGAGAUGGAUGAAGAGGAGCUAGAGAAAAUGUUGAGAGAUCGCUACAAGCCUAGUUCUAGUUUUGUUAGAUAUGCAGAAGAUGGCUAUGAAAGGAAAGGAUUUAUUGAUGAGGACUUAUCUGUUCCUUCCUCCAAAGGCCCGACUAUUUGGAAAGUCAAAUGCACGGUCGGACGUGAAAGGCAUUCGGCUUUCUGCCUUAUGCAGAAAUAUGUGGACUUGCAUGCUCUGGGAACAAAAAUUCAGACAAUCUCUGUUUAUGCUCCUGAUCACGUGAAGGGUUUUGUUUAUAUUGAAGCUGACAAACAGCGUGAUGUUAUCGAGGCUUGUAAAGGGCUUGCUAGUAUUUAUUGCAGUCGGAUGGCUCAAGUUCCAAGGAAUGAAAUCUCUCAACUCUUUUGUGUACGGAGCAAGUGCCAUGGAAUUUCUAAGGGCAUGUGGGCUCGUGUCAAGAGCGGAAGGUAUAAAGGAGAUCUAGCGCAGGUUGUUGCAGUGAAUGACGGACAGGCAAAAGUCACUGUCACUGUGAAGUUGAUUCCAAGAAUAGACUUGCAAGCACUGGCUGAGAAAUUUGGCGGGGGAGUUGCUGCCAAGAAGGCUUCCAUUCCAACAGCAAGAUUUAUCAGCUCUACUGAGCUUGAGGAUUUCCGCCCUCUCAUCACAUACCGUAAGGAUCGUGAUACAAAUGAGAUGUAUGAAGUUCUUGACGGAAAGAUGCUUAAAGAUGGCUAUUUAUAUAAGAAGAUGUCUGUUGACUCUUUGUGCCUUUGGGGUGUAAUGCCUUCUGAAGCUGAGUUCCUGAAGUUUGAACCUCCCAAGAAAAAUGUGCCACUUGACACCGAGUGGCUUUCUCAGCUAUAUGGCGAGAGCACGAGAAAGCAGAAAAUUAAGAAUGACAAAGGGUCUGGGAAAGGUGGCGAGAAAGGAGAGGGUUCAUCGAGCUCUGGCAACUUAAACAGUUUUGAAGUAGACGAUCUAGUGUUUUUUGGCCGUAAGGAUUUUGGCAUCAUUGUUGGCACUGAGAAGGAGAAUGUGUAUAAAAUCAUCAAAGAAGGUUCAGAGGGGCCAGUACUUGUAACCCUUCAACUUCGUGAACUAAGAGCCGCAUGCUUCGAUAGAAAGUUGUUUACUGUAAAAGACCAAAAUAAGAAUACAAUCUCCAUAAAUAAUGUUGUACGGGUUUUGGAUGGUCCAUCAAAGGAUAGACAAGGAACUGUCAAACAAAUCUAUAAAGGAGUCAUCUUUUUGUAUGAUGAGAUGGGCGAGGAACAUAAUCGCUAUGUCUGCGUUAAAGCUCAGAUGUGUGAAAAAAUUUCCUGCAAUGAUGUUUUAUUGUCUGGCAAGGAAAAUGAGGCUGGGCCAUCAUCUGCUUUUAAUGAUUCUCCAUCAUCUCCAAAUACUCCUUUGUCUCCUAAGAAACCUUGCCGGGGGAGGGAUGUUAACAGCAAUUUUCAUCGCGAGGAUAAAGAUGGACUGUUCUCUGUUGGCCAAUCGGUAAGAAUACGAGUAGGUCCUUUGAAGGGUUACAUCUGCCGCGUCUUAGCUGUACGCCAAACUGAUGUCACUGUGAAACUUGAUUCUCGGCAACAGAUUCUUACAGUUAAAAGUGAGCAUCUGUCUGAGGUUCACAGAAAGUCUUCUAACAUUUCUUUGAGUAGCACUGAUCCAGAGGGUUCUAGACCAUUUGAUCUGUUUGGAGCACAAGAUGGUUCAAGAGAUUGGGCUGAUGGUGGGAUUCAAGCGGCGCAAGAUGAUAGUUGGAAUGCAGGAUUAUCAUCUAAUGAAAGGAGCUCCUGGCCUUCUUUCCCUUCAUCGAGCUUACCAACUGUACAAGACCCCAAUACCAGUUCUCUCACUUCAGUUGAUGUUAAUAAAGAUGCUGGGAGUUCUGCUUGGGAAAUAGGGACAACUCAAAGUAAAGAUGCUGGGCAAGGUAGUGGUUGGGGAGGAAGUGAUAGUUGGAAAAAAGUUGCUUCUACUUCAGUGGCUGGCACCUCUGGUUCUGACAGUUGGGGUAAAACUUCUGAAGCAUGUGAGGAAAGCAUAGUCAAGAAUGAUGGUUCCAGCUGGGGUGCUGCAGCAAAGAAUGAAGGCCAAAGUGAAGGAUGGGGCAACAAAGUGAAGAGUGAAAGAAAUGAUGGGCCUAGUUGGGGAAAUUCUGCGAGUUCUCAAGGUAAAGGCACCACCGUUGCAAACAGUGAUGCUUGGGUCAGUAAGGGAGCGGCUUCUAGCUCUUUACCUGGUCCAGUGAGUGAAAGUGGUGGAUGGGGCAGUGCAGGCAUUUCGCAGGACGGUGGAUCCCAAUGGGGGAAACAAGAUAAUAAGGUACAGCAAGAUGUGGGAUCUUCUUGGGGCAAUAAGAAGGAAGAUGAAUCAUCAUGGGCAGCACAGGGUGGAGGGUCAUCUUUGGGCCAACAUGAUGGUAAGGGGAAAUAUGUGGAAUCUGCUUGGGCCAGUAAGGAGGAAAAAUCCUCCUGGGGAAAACAAGGCGGAUCAUCUUGGGGCCAACAGGAGACUAAGGUACCCAAUAGUUCUGGUGGAGGUGAGGAGGAUGGCGGGUCAUCUUGGGGAAAAAAGAAUGGUGGUGGUUCAGUGGGAAAACAAGAUGAUGGAUCUUCCUGGAAUAAUAAGGAAGAUAAAUCCUCACGGGGAAAGCAAGGUGGGGGUGGAUCCUCUUGGGGAAAGCAGGAUGGUGGUGGCUCAUGGAGUAAACAAGACAGUGGUGGAUCCUCUUUUGGAAAGCAGGAUGGUGGCGGCUCAUGGAGUAAACAAGAUGGUGGUGGAUCCUCUUGGGGAAAGCAGGAUGGUGGUGGCUCAUGGAGUAAACAAGACGGUGGUGGAUCCUCUUUUGGAAAGCAGGAUAGUGGUGGCUCAUGGAGUAAACAAGACGGUGGCAGAUCCUCUUGGGGAAAGCAGGAUGGUGGUGGCUCAUGGAGUAAACAAGACGGUGGUGGAUCCUCUUUUGGAAAGCAGGAUGGUGGUGGCUCAUGGAGUAAACAAGACGGUGGCGGAUCCUCUUGGGGAAAGCAGGAUGGUGGCGGCUCAUGGAGUAAACAAGAUGAUCAAUCUUCUGGUGAUGGACCACAUCAACAAGGAAGUUGGGGAAGCGGUGGGGGGGCUUCUGAUGGGGGCCGUGGUGGUGGAAGAAGAGGAAGGGGCAGGGGAAGAGACAGUUUUGGUAGGGGUGGAGGUAGAGGAAGGUCUUUUGAUCGUGGAGGUGAGUCAAAUAGCUGGGGUAAGGACGCUGAAGGUAAUUUCGGGUCAGGAGUUGCUGCUGCUGGGGGGCUGCCAUCAAAUAGUUGGAAGAGUGAAAGUUCUUGGGGUAAGACAUCUGAUGGAAGCAAAAAGGAUGACUGGGGGAAUCUAAAUGCAUCUAGCAGGGAUGAUAAUAGCUCUGGGAAGAAUGCCCAAGGUUGGGGUGUAGUGAAAGAUGCUGAACAUGGUGAUUCAGGUUCAGGCUGGAAAAGCCAACCAGAAAAGCAGGAAGGAUCGGGUUCUGCUGCCGGUGGAGAAUGCAGUUGGAAGAGCUCCCAAGAAAGCUCUUGGGAAAAGGCAAAAUCAACUGAUGGAAGCAAAGCAGAUGAUUGGGGUAGUAAACAAGAUGCAGCAGGUGAAAAAUGGAACAUCAAAGCAGGAUCAAGCUUGGGUUGGAAAAGUGACCAAUCUGAAAAACCCGAUGAAAACAAAGAUGGUGCUGCUUUUAAUACUAAACAAGCUGAUUGGCAGAGUGGAGGAGGAUGGAAUGCUGCCAAACCUUCUGCUGGUGAAAGCCAGCCAUCUAGUUGGAACAAGAAACCAAUUGUGGACGAAGGAACAGAUGAUACCAAUGAAGUUGGUGGUGGGUGGAAUGCAACAGGUAAAGGAAGUGAUUCUGAAACAAAACAGUCAUCAGGAUGGAACAAUAAAAGUUCCAAUGGGAGUUCGGCAGUUGGUUGGGGAAGUAGUGGAAACCAGUCAUCUGGGUGGAAGAGCGAAAGUAACUGGAACUCGGGAGGCAGUGGCUUUGGCGGCGGGAAUGAACAUCAAGAUGACAGCUCCAAUGAAAGGGGAGGAAGAGGUGGGUGGAGGGGUGGCCGUGGAGGUGGAUUUGAUAGGGGGGGAGGAUAUCGUGGAAGAGGUGGCUAUGAUAGGGGAGGAGGUUAUCAGGGCAGAGGUGGUGGAUCUGAAAGGGGUGGCGGUGGAUUUCGAGGUAGAGGUGGUAGUUUUGAUAGGGGCAGCGGUGGUUUUGGGGGGAGAGGACGUGGUAGAAGAGACCAAACCGGUGAAUGGAACAAUAACAGUAGAAAUGAUUUCAGUGGUGAUGGCAAUAAGCAGAGCAGUUGGGGAAAUGGGUCAAGUGGUGAUGGUGGCAGCAGCUGGAAAGCUAGUGAGAACAAGGGAAGUUGGAAUGGAGGUGGCAAUUCACAGAGUUGGUCCACAGGUGAUGGGAAUAAGCUGAGUAGUUGGAAUAAUGGGUCAGGCGGUGAUGCAGGCAGUGGCUGGAAAGCUUCCAGUGAUAGUAAUAAAGGAAAUAGUUGGAAUGAAGGUGGAAUGGGGAAAGGCCAGUGGCAAUCAGGUGGUGGUGAGCAGCAGAAGAACACGAGUGAUUUUGGUGGUGAUAGCAAGCCACCGAGCAGUUGGAAUACCGGGGAUGGUGGUGGCAGCGGCUGGAAAGCUACCAGUGACAAUAAUAAUACUAAUAAGGGGGUAAGUUGGAAUAGUGCUGGUGGUGAUGCAGAUGGUGGUGCCAGUAAGGCAUCAUCCUGGGGCAACACAUCCGAAUCUAUAAAACCCAAAGAAGAAGGCGCUGGGGCUGCUGCUGAUGCGUGGGGUAAGGCAUCAUCAUCUACCUCUUGGGGUGGCAAAGAGAGUGGUGAUGGAGGAGCUAGCAAGGGAGGGUGGUGAACAUGACCAGCUCAGAGGGUGCCCUAAUUGCUUCUACAGUUCUACUACUUGUAUGGAUGGGGGUGUCUAUUUAGAUCAGAUGAGUUUGUGUCUUCCCACAGAAGUGUAGUGUUUCUAGCCUUUGUAAUAAUAAUGUUGGAGUUAGAAUCUGAUAUCCCCUUGUGAGGUUGACAUAAAAACCCUACUUUUGACGUUUGAUGUGUUAUCCAUCAUUUAAAGAAUUAAAGGGAAGCCUUUCUGCAUUAUUAUGUCGUCGAAUGCUGCUGUCUAACAUUACUUUAUUUGCUUCGAGUCAGUCCCUAUUUGCUUUCAUUCACUAGUUUCUAACCAUAAGUUUUAAGCUAAGCUACUACCAC